CCUGGAGCUCUCUUUUCAUUUUGAUUUCUCCUCUCCAUUCUCCUGCCGCCUCGCUCCUGCCCCCAUGGCUGCAAACUGAUCAGCAGGAGGAAAAAAAAAAUAAUCAGUAAACGGAGCCAGGAUUUGCUGCUGCCCUGAAUGCCUGCAAUCUGGAUCAGGGAAGGGGACCUCACGGCUGAGCAUGAAAAGGGUUGCUAAAUUCCAGGUAUCCGCACGCCUGCAGUACCUGUACAUCAGCACCCAGUAUGCACGCUGGACACACAGCGUUCACAAGUUCCUACCGAGCAGAAUAAAACCCAGCAGCCUCCAGCUCUCAGCCCAGGAGGAACAUUAACAUCAGCAGCAAGCCUGCCUGGAGGGCUGGAAGGGAAGCAGAGCAAGUUUGCUUCUGCUCAUCUGAAGGAGAUUGGCAGAUAGGACUCCACAGAAUGGAGCAAGAAUGAGAGGAAAAAGGCAGACAGAAAAGCAUGAACUGGAGGUUUGUUGAGUUCAUCUACUUCCUGUUUAUAUGGGACCAUAUAACAGUACAGCCCUCCUACCAGGAACCAGCUGUUACCGACCAACAUGACUCCAAGGAAUUUGAUUGGCUUAUUUCAGACAGGGGGCCUUUCCACCACUCACGGAGCUACUUAUCCUUUGUGGAAAGACAUCGUCAAGGAUUUACAACCCGAUAUAAAAUAUACAGGGAAUUUGCCCGUUGGAAGGUGAGGAACACAGCCAUCGAGCGGAGAGAUCUGCUCCGCAACCCAGUGCCACUAAUGCCUGAGUUUCAGAGAAGCAUCAGACUCCUGGGGAGGCGACCCACGACUCAGCAGUUCAUCGAUACCAUCAUUAAAAAGUACGGCACCCACAUCCUCAUCUCUGCUACCUUGGGAGGAGAGGAGGCCUUGACCAUGUACAUGGACAAAAGUCGACUCGACAGGAAGUCAGGGAAUGCCACACAGAGCGUGGAGGCCUUGCAUCAACUUGCAUCUUCCUACUUCGUUGAUCGUGAUGGCACCAUGAAGCGACUCCAUGAGAUCCAGAUUUCUACUGGAGCUAUCAAGGUAACAGAAACACGCACUGGCCCUUUAGGCUGCAACAGCUAUGACAAUCUGGACUCUGUGAGUUCUGUCCUUCUACAAAGCACCGAAAGCAAGCUCCAUCUCCAAGGUCUCCAGAUCAUCUUCCCUCAGUAUCUGCAAGAGAAAUUUGUCCAGUCGGCCUUGAGUUAUAUUAUGUGCAAUGGGGAGGGAGAGUACGUGUGCCACAACAGCCAGUGCCGAUGUCAGUGUGCGGAGGAAUUCCCACAAUGCAACUGUCCUAUCACUGACAUCCAAAUCAUGGAGUACACCUUGGCCAAUAUGGCCAAGUCUUGGACUGAAGCCUAUAAAGACCUGGAAAAUUCAGAUGAGUUUAAAUCAUUCAUGAAAAGGCUACCUAACAAUCACUUUCUGACCAUUGGGAGCAUCCAUCAACAUUGGGGGAAUGACUGGGACCUGCAGAACCGCUACAAGCUUCUCCAGAGCUCCAUGGAAGCCCAUCGUCAGAAGAUCCAACGCACUGCCCGGAAACUCUUUGGCCUCAGUGUUCGCUGUCGACACAAUCCCAACCACCAGUUGCCUAGAGAAAGGACGAUCCAGCAGUGGCUUACUCGGGUCCAGUCCCUGCUCUACUGCAAUGAGAAUGGCUUUUGGGGCACCUUUUUGGAGAGCCAGAGAAGCUGCGUGUGUCAUGGCAGCACCAGCCUGUGCCAGCGGCCCAUCCCCUGCAUUAUCGGGGGCAACAACAGCUGUGCCAUGUGCAGCCUGGCCAACAUCUCUCUCUGUGGCUCCUGCAACAAGGGGUACAAGCUAUACCGGGGCCGCUGCGAGCCACAGAACGUGGACUCGGAGCGCAGCGAACAGUUCAUCAGCUUCGAGACGGACUUGGAUUUCCAGGACCUGGAACUGAAGUACUUGCUGCAGAAGAUGGACUCUCGCCUCUACGUGCACACCACCUUCAUCAGCAAUGAGAUCCGGCUAGACACCUUCUUUGACCCCCGGUGGCGCAAGCGCAUGUCGCUGACCCUGAAGAGCAACAAGAACCGCAUGGACUUCAUCCAUAUGGUGAUCGGCAUCUCCAUGCGCAUCUGCCAGAUGCGCAACAGCAGCCUAGACCCCAUGUUCUUUGUCUACGUCAACCCCUUUAGCGGGAGCCAUUCGGAAGGCUGGAACAUGCCUUUUGGGGAGUUCGGCUACCCGCGUUGGGAGAAGACCCGCCUCCAGAACAGCCAGUGCUACAACUGGACCCUGCUCCUGGGCAACCGAUGGAAAACGUUUUUCGAGACUGUCCACAUCUACCUUCGCAGCCGGACACGGCUGCCCUCCCUGCUGAGGAACGAGACCGGCCAGGGGCCCGUGGACCUGUCGGAUCCUGCCAAGAGGCAGUUUUACAUCAAGAUCUCGGAUGUGCAGGUCUUCGGGUACAGCCUGCGAUUCAACGCUGACCUCCUUCGGAGCGCCGUACAGCAGGUCAACCAGUCGUACACCCAAGGUGGGCAGUUCUACUCCUCGUCCUCGGUGAUGCUGUUGUUGCUGGAUAUUCGGGACCGAAUCAAUAGACUAGCGCCCCCUGUGGCCCCGGGCAAGCCCCAGCUGGACUUGUUCUCCUGUAUGCUCAAACACCGCCUGAAACUGACCAACAGCGAGAUCAUUCGGGUUAACCAUGCCCUGGAUCUCUACAACACUGAGAUCCUCAAACAGUCUGACCAGAUGACAGCCAAACUCUGUUAACAUGGAUCUCACCAGGGACUGAUCCUUUUGCUGUACAAAAAAAAGAAGGAAAUUUGUAAAAUGUAAUGAUUACACAAAGGAGGGAGAAAUUCUUCAUUUGUUGGAAACUAAAUCGUUCUAGCAACUGUAUAAAACCGAUGGGCAUGUUUUGUUAUUUCUAUAAUCCGUCUUAAGGAAAGGGUCGCACCUUCCUCUCGGAGUUUUGGGGGUAUUGCUUGUAAAGCUUCAGGGGGUGCGUUGAGAGUUUAGAGAAGGGACCACUUACAUCUUGAAUUGUAAAGACCUCUGCUGUGCAGGUGCCAAGAUUAUAUACAAAAGAGAGAGCUAUCUGUAAUGUAGAAACCACACUGCCAUUUUUCCUUGUGGGAGGAAAUGGUCAAAGAUAAAGAAGAUAUUUCUUCUGGUGAGAUUGAUAUUCUCUUUAUGCUUAAUUCGUUGUCAGUGCUUCGAUUCUCUUUGCUGUGGGGGGAGGGUGGAGAUGAGAACCGCCUGGUCAUUUUUUCCUCUAGAGAAAUUCAUACUGAAGGGAGGAAAAGUCUGUCAGUGGAACCCGGGAUGGUGAAGGGUAUGAUUAGGGUCGGAGUGCCUUGCUCACAAGGUUGGGGGCUGAACAUUGGCAUUAUUAUUUCUAUUAAGAUAUUGUAUGAGUUUUGUUUUAAAGAAAGUCACUUUCUGUAGGUUCCUCAACAUAGAGAAACAGAGAGAGAAAGAGAGACCUUAUAAACACAUUUGUAUUACUUUAAGAUUCCCUCCUUGGACCAAAUGUGAUUCUGUUUAGCUUUUCACCCAGACUGGUCCCACUAAAUUAGAAUAGACUAUUUUAGAAAUAGGUGGAAUUGACUCUAAUGGGAGAAAAAUCAAGCAAGUGGUCAAGAAUCUGUAGUGGCUGAAAUGAUUCCAGAUUUGAGUGCCACACUUGGAUGAUGGAGCAAAAAAAUAGGGAAAGGAUGAGAAAAUGCUUACCGACAAAAAAGAUAUUAACAGAGUCGCUGAGAAUGGAGCAGGCACUGUCCUCUUGUAGAGUCAUAGAUUAUAUCUAAGGUAAGAAUUCACAAAAGUGUUUCUACAGCAUCAUCCACAGUGAAUAGGCUCCAUUAGUUUUCUUUUGUUUUGUUUGGCUUUUUAAGACCUUUGGUUCAUCAAAAUCCUGAAAAAUGUGAGCAUAAAUUUAAACUAGCAUAAAUCACUUUGAUUAAGUCUAAA